AUGUGUGUGGCGUUUGUGGCUUUUGUGGCGUUUGUGGCGUGCGUGGCGUUUGUGGCUUUUGUGGCGUUUGUGGCGUGCGUGGCGUGCGUGGCGUGCGUGGCGUGCGUGGCGUGCGUGGCGUGCGUGGCGUGCGUGGCGUGCGUGGCGUGCGUGGCGUGCGUGGCGUGUGCAGGGUACCUGGAGCAGGGUCUGCUGGUGAAGGACGAGCAGAAGCUGCGUGAGCGCUACAUGAAAAGCUUCCAGUUCAAACUGGACCUGGUCUCCAUGGUUCCCACUGACCUGCUGUACCUGGUCCUGGGGAUCACGUACCCUGAGAUCCGGCUCAAUAAGCUCCUCAGGUUCAACAGGAUGAUGGAGUUCUUCCAGAGGACUGAGACCAGGACUAACUACCCCAACGCCCUCCGGAUCUCUAACCUGGUCAUGUACAUCGUCAUCAUCAUCCACUGGAACGCCUGCCUCUACUUCUCCUUCUCCAAGGCCAUCGGUUUUGGUGCUGACAGGUUCGUGUACCCCGACCCGGCGGAUCCAGAGUUUGGGCGUCUGGUGAGGAAGUAUGCGUACAGUAUGUACUGGUCCACGCUGACGCUCACCACCAUCGGGGAGACUCCGCCCCCUGUGGAGAACUCAGAGUACUUCUUUGUCGUCACUGACUUCCUGGUGGGCGUGUUGAUCUUCGCCACCAUCGUGGGUAACGUGGGGUCGAUGAUCACCAACAUGAACGCCGCCCGAGCCGACUUCCAGGCUCGCAUCGACGCCAUCAAACAGUACAUGAGCUUCAGGAAGGUAACCAAGGACCUGGAGAAGCGAGUCAUCAAGUGGUUUGACUUCCUGUGGACCAAUAAGAAGGCGGUGGACGAGAGGGAGGUGCUGAAGUUCCUGCCUGACAAGCUGAGAGCUGAGAUCGCCAUCAACGUCCACCUGGACACGCUGAAGAAGGUCCGGAUCUUCGCAGACUGCGAGGCCGGUCUGCUGGUGGAGCUGGUCCUGAAGCUGCAGCCUCAGGUCUACAGUCCGGGGGACUACAUCUGUAAGAAGGGCGACAUCGGCCGAGAGAUGUACAUCAUCAAGGAAGGGAAGCUCGCCGUGGUCGCUGACGAUGGAAUCAAACAGUUUGUGGUCCUGAGCGACGGGAGCUACUUCGGAGAGAUCAGCAUCCUGGCUAUCAAAG